AAAAAAACGAUUUAACUCGAAUAACUUAAAUAAAAUACACCAACCGUGAUCCAGGAUUACCCAAUUUAAUAUGCAAGACAUGGCUACAUCUCACAUUCUAUCGGCUGUAGAUCCAGUCAUACUGGGCAAUUCAACUCCAACAUCAUCAAACGGCAGCAGUCAUAGUGGACCAACACGUAGUCCUGGUUUGGAUAGAAAUCUCCAUGUAACCUUAGAUGAUCGAGAACUAUGGCUUCGGUUUCAAAAUUUAACAAAUGAAAUGAUCGUUACAAAAAAUGGAAGACGGAUGUUUCCAGUUGUUAAAGUUACAACUACAGGUCUAGAUCCAGCUGCAAUGUAUACAAUACUUCUUGAAUUUGUUCAAGUUGAUAAUCAUCGAUGGAAAUAUGUAAAUGGAGAAUGGGUUCCAGGAGGUAAAGCAGAAGUCCCACCAUCCAAUCCAAUUUAUGUUCAUCCUGAGUCACCAAAUUUUGGUGCACAUUGGAUGAAAGAACCAAUUUCAUUUGCCAAAGUUAAAUUGACAAAUAAAACUAAUGGAAAUGGACAGAUCAUGUUGAAUUCUCUUCACAAAUAUGAACCACGUGUCCACUUAGUCCGAGUUGGCUCUGAUCAGAGACAUGUUGUGACAUAUCCAUUUCCUGAGACUCAAUUCAUAGCCGUUACAGCGUAUCAAAAUGAAGAAGUGACUUCAUUAAAGAUCAAAUAUAAUCCCUUCGCAAAAGCCUUUUUAGAUGCUAAGGAACGUCCUGAUUCGAUAUACAGUCAUGACGCUCAUUAUGGAUGGUUUAUUCCACCGCCAACCCAUUAUCCACCUACACACACACAAAUGGCUGUAAACUCUUGCGAUAGAUAUACGCGACAUCCUCCUCAAAGGGCUACAAGACCUGCUCCAUACGCUAGACCUCGAAUUGUAUCGGGUACUUCCAGUAACCCCGGUACACCACCACCAACAACACCAAUUUCCUCGCACUCUCAAACUGGAUUUGUUCCUGUUGAAUCAUCAACAACAACUGUCUUUUCGUAUCCAACAAGCUGGCAAAGUAAUGGAAGCUAUUGGAGUACACCUCCAAAUCCAAGUUCUCCAAUAAGUAAGACAUUUUUAUUGCAACUUUCAAGAAAGCCCAAUUUUAUAGAUUUUCUUUUUUUUAUAAUAGCUUCAAAUGCAUCACCAACUCCAUCAAAUGGUUCGCCCAACUAUACAACUCCGUCUCCUGGCUACACAAUACAUCACUUGACAUCGCAUUCUCAAUAUGGUUCUGCAGGAAAUCAAACUGAUAUUUAUCAAAAUGGAGCAGGGUCAUCUCCACAGCCUUACGGUGGUACGAGUGCUCAUCAAAUUUACCAUCCUACUCCUGCUUCACCAUCUCAUCAGCUUUAUACAAACGUGUUGAAUCCACCUGCAAGUCUUACUUAUCCUAGUAGUUCAUUUUACAAUGGAACGGAAUAUGGACUCUAUCAGAAUGCCUACUCUUAUCAGCCUGAGUAUAUUCCGUUAGUGUCAGAAAUGUGCACUUUUAACCAUCCACUUGAACCAAUUGAUGUUCCUAAAGCUAUUGAAGAAAAUUCAUCACUCUACAAAGAAUCUGAAGAAACAUCUGUUCUAACAUUAGAGUGUUCGAGUUUGAAGACUUCAUCAUCAAAACAACAACUUGAAAAUUCACCACAAAAUCAAAGAACUGAAAAUUGGACACCAUUGACACCACCACAAAGCACGAUUCAAUAGAAAAAAAAAUAAUAAAAGAAGACACAAAUAUAUUAAAUUAUAAUUUAAAUUAAAUUUACA